AUGGAAACCGACUUCACCACGACCACCGCCAUCCCAAACUUCCUCCCAAGCAACAUGACUUCACCACGACCACCGCCAUCCCAGACUUCCUCCCACCGCCAUCCCAGACUUCCUCCCAAGCAACAUGACGUACUCGAUGAUCACCCUCGACGAGUACGAGGAUGUACAAGGCCGAGCUCGGAGCUCUGGACACCCUCAUCGAGGGCCUGGGCGAGGAUAUGGAGCGCGCCAGACAAGUCUUUGAUUGGAUCCGCACUUUCAAGAAUCCUGUUUGACAAGCUGCCGCACAUGAAGGAUCUCAUCAACGACCCCAACUCCCUGCCUCCCAAGCCCAAGAACAUGGCCAAGGGCCUGAACUCACUUCAGAAGGCGACCUAUGGAGCGCGCCAGACAAGUUUUUGAUUGGAUCCGCACUUUCAAAAAUCCAGCCUUCACUGUCAACCUAUUUGACAAGCUGCCGUACAUGAAAGAUCUUAUCAACGACCCCAACUCCC